GUGGCGCUCGGCCCGGCUUCUCUUCCUCCCCGAACCCCAGGCGCUCGCCCCGCCGGCGCGAUGGGCUCCGAGGUGGCGCAGCUGCUGGAAGCUGCCGACUUCGCGGCCCACAAGCACCGACGGCAGCGGCGGAUGGACCCCGAAGGGACCCCCUACAUCAACCACCCGAUCGGUGUGGCCCGGAUCCUGACCCACGAGGCGGGCAUCACCGACCUGGCGGUGUUACAGGCGGCCCUGCUCCAUGACACGGUGGAGGACACGGACGCCACCCUCGAGGAGGUGGAGCUGCGCUUCGGGGCGCAGGUGCGGCGGCUGGUGGAGGAGGUGACGGAUGACAAGACGCUGCCCAAGCCCGAGAGGAAGCGGCUGCAGGUGGAGCGCGCUCCCCACAGCAGCCCGGGGGCCAAGCUGGUGAAGCUGGCCGACAAGCUGUACAACCUGAGGGACCUGAAUCGCUGCACCCCAAAGGGAUGGUCCGAGCACCGGGUCCAGGAGUACUUCGAGUGGGCGGCGCAGGUGGUGCGGGGGCUGCAGGGCACCAGCCCGCGGCUGGAAGAGGCGCUCCAGCAGCUGUUUAGGGAGCGGGGGCUGACCCUGUGAGCGGAGCCCCGAUUCCCGCCUCGUCCCGGCCGGAGGGGACUCCUUCUCCAGCCUUCGGGCGCCUCUCGGCCCUUCGUGGUUCACUCGGCCCAGUGGCCCCAAACCUGUGCCCUUUCUCACCCUGAAGGUCUCCUGCCAAGUACACUGAGCCUGGAUGGUGGGGGUCGGCCGCUCCCCGUCCGCUUCUAAUGCACUCACUGCCCUUCAGGCCCGGGGUCUGUUUGCCAUUUGCAAGGCGGGAUCUCUGGUCCCCGGGCACUUGGGCUUAGAUGGACGCUCGUUUCAUAGCCAUUAUCCUAUCUAAUAAAAGAGUGAUAUGCA